GGCAGCGCAGCCCGCUCCUCAGCUCCACGUGUGGCGGCGGAGCGGGGAAGUUGCCGGCGGCCGGCGCUGCGGACCCAGCUCCUCUCCCGCCGCUGCCCGGCCCUUCCCGUCCCUCGGGAGAACGCAACUCCAAGUAAGGGCGCGCGGCGGCCCCUCUCCCGCCCGCUGUCCCGGCGGAGGCCGUUUCUUCCACAGCCAGCCACUCAAAGGAAAAGAAUUCUUCAGCCUCUUGUUUCAAAAGACCUCGGACAAUCUUCUGCUGUUCCACUCCCUUUGGUCCCACACUUCAGCAAUAAAAAGAUCCAAAGAGGAGGAUGAGGCAGCUUAGAGGAAAACCUAAAAAAGAGACCUCCAAAGAUAAAAAGGAGAGAAAACAGGCAAUGCAAGAGGCCCGGCAACAAAUCACCACCGUGGUGCUUCCCACACUGGCUGUCGUAGUACUGCUGAUUGUUGUGUUUGUUUAUGUAGCGACUCGUCCAAAUACAACUGAAUGAUGCAGCUUUUCAGACUCCCUAGCUUUGGGAUAUUAAUUUUACCAAGAGCCAAAAGGAACACUCUGCCACUCUUUUAGUACUUUGCAAAGGAUCUUGCUGGUAUUUUCAGUCUUUCUCUUGGCUACAGUCCCACAGAUUCUCUUUAGGAAUGUAACAUAAAACGUAUUAGUGAAUGUGCCAGUACGUUUUAUGGUCGAGUUACGUGCCUUUCAGACUUUUAAAAAUGGUGUUUUUCUUAAAGCUGUUUGAAGCUCUAUAUUGUAAAAGGAAAUCGUGUUCUGCUAUAAAUUUGUAAAAAAUCAGCUUUCAGCUUUUAUCACUGUUAUGGAUAAUGUUGCUCCCAUGAGCUCUUGUAUGUCUAUUUCAGAACUUCCAAAGAAGUACAUUUCUUCUUUGUACUUAAUGUCAUAUGAAGUGCUUUGAUUCAGAAAGGAUAUAUUUAUUUUUUGAAUAAAAGAAGUCUUACUUGGAAUCUUCAAAUUAUUUUGCAAAAAAAAUGUGACAUUGUGAAAGCCUACAUUGUGUAAUAAUUUUUUCAUCAACCACUAUAUAGUUCACGCAAAAAGAAUUUCUUUUUGGUGCGAGAUGCCAGCAUGCAAAGUGAAUAUUUCAGGAUCUUCUGGAUGGGUUCUUACAGAAUUUGGACAGGGAGAUUCUGCCACGUUAUGGUGAAGUAACUAGUAACAAACUACAUAAACACAGAUAGUUGCUUAUCUGAAUGUUCAAUAUUUGAAACUGUGUAAGUGGCAAUAAAAAGGUGGUUUGGCAUACAGCUCUUGAUUAUUUAUUAAGAUGGGAAAAGUAACAGUGUAACCUUGGUCUCUGAUCUGUUUGCUGAAGUGAGCUGCUGUCCUGUGACAUGCCCCCAUCCCCUCAUUGGAAGGAAGCUGUGAGCACAGCUUGGCCAGUUUAAUUUUAGGAAAUUAAGCUACAAAUUCUCAUGAAAAUGCCUCAAUGACCGUGUAUUCUAGUACAGCCCUUUCUCAUCCAAGUAUUUUAAGGCACUCAAUAGGCAUUAACCUUCAGAAGGUUUUGGGAAAGGAGAUGGAAAACUCUUCACUGCUGCUUAAGUGCAGGCCAGGCAAGGAAGAACGUGAUGCUAUAGUGCACUGGUGCACGGCAGGAAAUACUUCUGUGCUGAAAGUUAAAGAUCCCUUGAGUCUUUCCCUCAUGUGUAGUCUUUUGGCUCAGGGAUAGCACCAAUGAAGUCAGCAGGACUCUUCACUGAGGUAGGUGCCAGUGAAAGAGGGGUCUGUGUUUCCUGCAUCACGUCCAUGUACUGCUCCUGUGCAGAAUGCUGCUGCUAGCCAAAGUUACUUUAGGAGCAAAUGCAGGUCCUUGCAGUGUACUUUGCCCUAAGGCCCACAUUCCCACAGCAGGGCAAACCUAUGGCUGGCUAUAAACCAGCUCCACUGGGAAUGAUGCAGAUACCUGAUGGUGUGAGGAUGGCCAUGGCUCCUGACACUGUGCUACCGCUGCUGGGAGUGUCUAGAAUAAAACUGGCACUGAAGACUGAGAUGUUUUUGAAAUACAAAGUUUACUAAAACCUAAAGAGUUUGGAUGAACUGUGAGGUUGUUCACCCCCGCAGCUUGCAUCAUAGUUGGGAUAUCUGAACAAGGAACUGCACAGACAGCAUAGCCAGCGUGGUCUGACUGCAAGAGCAUUUACCCACAGAGUGACCAGCAGGAAGUCUGCUGGCAAACCCCUGUGCUCAGCGAGCCGUGUGCUGACACUGGAAUUAUCUGUGCUUUGCACUGACAACUGCUUCCUUCAACUGGGGAGCUCUGAAAUGAUGAAUCUGUAAGGGUAAUUGCUUAGUCUGUCAUCUCCCAGCUGUUUCUAUUCUCCCAGGCACCAAAUCCUUGUCCUAUUUUUAUUUUAUCCUCAGUCAGGGAUGGCUGCACUAGAACUGGUAGUUUGUACCUUUUUCAACUGCGCUGUUCAGCUUGAAUAAAAUUU